UCCGUUACACAUCAGUUUCCCAUUUCGCUUGUAGCCAGGAGGACGCGCGAUAAAAAGAUCGCGGUGGGAUCGAAAGUGAACAUCAGUGCUGGACCGGAAGAACAAUCGUUCGCGUCUUUGAAUCUUUUCUCGUGAAAAAUCGGAUUUUAACAUUGAUUCUAAAGAAUCAGGAAGAUAAAAUUUGUUUUAUUUUUUUCUCUCAAAUCAAUAUUUAUGGAUCUGUGAAACUCGUUUAAUUGUUUUCGUUUUUGGGGCGCUCUACUUUUAUAACUACUUUUUGGAAUCAAUUCUAAUCUCAAUUCAGUUAGAGCCAAUUCCCGAUUGGCAGGAAAAUUUUGAACUUGGCUUAUUUUUGUGAGAAACGAUCUCACAAGCAAUCAAGAAUAAUUUUAAAUUGUUUUUGCUCUCGGGAUCGAUUUUUGUAUACGUGACUUUCUUUGAAAACGAUCUUUGUAAGCAAUCUCAACGAACGUCUUGACGUUUCCUCGGAAUCGAUCCUCGUGUAAUGGCUUAAGGAAUUUGGAUCGAUAAAUUUUAACGAUCAAGACACACGGUGUUUUUUCGCGUGAUCAUCUUAAAACUCCAUUCAUGUCGCAGACUCCUAAGGAGGAGACCGACGCGAUGAAGGCCAAUACAGCAGCGACAAAGAUCCAGGCCAACUUUCGCGGAUACCGUGUACGUAAGCAGUUGAAAGAAUUCACGCCACGUCGUCGUCAGAGUCAGCAGCAACAGCAUCAGGACUCGCAGGAACAGCAACAGAAUCAACAACAGCAGCAAGAAUAUUCGAAACCAAAGGAGCAUCUUUUCAAGAGACAGAACACUCGGGAGGCACUUGAGGAGAAGUCAGCGACUAAGAUCCAGGCGGGUAUUCGCGGUUUUCUGGUACGGAAAAGGCAACAGGCGGUUCAGGCCGCGGCAACGAGGAUCCAGGCCAGCUUUCGUGGCUUCAAGACGCGAAAAUUACUGAAGCAGAACGGUCAAUAGUACAGUUUGUACUUGCUGAUCUCUUCCUGGCAUCCGAUGAUAUAAGGCGUCGAUGUUAUACUAAAGUAAUAUGUGGAUUCGUUCGUGUGUUCGGAGGAAAUCCCACUUUGGAUCGGAGAUAUCGAAGAAACAACUUUUUAUUAAAUCAAUUAUGAUGAUCUCCACGAUGCUUGGCAUGUGUAUAUUUUUGGGACACUGUGUAUUUUUGAACACAAACUUCGUGAAAUUUGCCGAAUACCAUCUCCAGAAUGGAUAAUAAAUAAUAAUGAUACAUUGUUUAAUAACAAUCUUUAUACUUUGUCA